AUGGGUCAGUUUCUUGAGAAAUUUAUCAACGAUACAAAGGAGGCGUUUGCAAAUGCGGAUGAGCCGAAGCCAUCGCAGCCGAAGAGGAUCGUACGGCGUGUUGAUAUUGAUCCCCGAUCACCGUCUGCAGCAAUCCCACGAACACCGAUCGAAGUUGAAAGUACGCCAAAAUCGAGUGAUUCCUCAUCGACGACUCCAGUGAGACGCAAAAGAGCUCGAUGGCUCGAACUGCGAGGCACUCCGGAUGAUACUCCGAGCACUCCAUCCGAGAAGCAGUGA